AUGAUUCCAAUAAACGACUCACAAAAUAGCCAAUGGGAUGCAUUUGAAAAUUUUGCAACAUAUAGCUAUGUUUGUUCAAUUUUUGAACAAAAUAAAGACAAACAUCCUGCAAUUAAUGAUCAUGAAAAAACGAACAAAACAAAUAUUACAAUUGAUUCAAACGUUUUAACGGCAAGGAUAGAUCAACAACAAGACAUUGAAAAUUUCAAAAAUGAAUUAAUGACAACUGUGAAAUCAGUUCUUAUGAAAACUCAAAAAGAAUUACAACAAAACAACUCACAUAUAGAAAGUUAUGCAGAUCAGAUACAAGUAUCUUCUAAACCGUUGACAGCUGUAUCGGUAUCUUCAACACGAAACAGUCCAAAACAGGCAAUACCUAUGCAUCGAUCAUCCUCUCUGGGCAACGAUGUUGUACUUUGGAAUAAAGGAACAACAUGA